AUGGUGUCUUACAAAGGCACAUAUGCGGGCAACUUGAGGCAGUAUAUCCAAAAUAAACCCCACAAAUGGGGUUUUGUUCGUGCUGGGGUUUCUGGUUAUAUUGCCGACUUCAUACCCUAUCAGGGAGCUGCGACAUUUGAAGUGCUUAGAUGGUCUCCGAAUGAGCUGGAUGAUUAUGAAGUAAAUCUAGGUGUAGGUGCUAGCGCCGUCAUUUCUCUGUGCAAAACCCUAAGCGAACCGAAAAACACUGUUAUAUUUUGUGAAAAUUGGUUUUCAAGUGUAAAAUUAUUUAUUUAUCUGAAAGACCGAUUCGGGAUACUUCGUUUAGGAACUAUAAGGUCUAACAGAAUAGCUGGAUGUCAACUUGAAACCGAUAAAGUGCUUCAAAAAACGGGGAAGAGGUUCCUAUGUUUAUAA